AUUAUCUCUCCAUUUCCGACAAGAUAAUCAACUGACUAGAAGAACAUCGCAAUAUUGCCCUCGAGCACAUCACCGUUCUACAUAUCGGAAAAAUGAGUGUGUCGAACAGCGACAAUCUCUUAACGGAGCAAGACCAAUCACUCAUCAGAGCUGGCAUCGACUUCCUGAAAGAGUACUUUGCGGACCAAGGGGAAGGAGCGAAGGAAGUAGGCAAGACGAAAAAAGAGCAGGUGAACCAGACCAAGCGCACAAACCCCGACAAUGCAGCGACUCGGUCUGCACAAGAUUCACCUCGUCUCUCAAAAACGGCCAUCGGACGCCGUAUAUUCGAAUUGCAGGACCUACCUCAGCUGUGCGUGAUCACCGUGGAAGUGCACCAGGUAGCCGGUAAAGAUGGUACUGGGGAAGUUGAACCUGGUUGGAAUCGCGUCUACAACACAUCUUUGAAAGAGAAAGCGAUAGGAGAGUUGCUCAGGAACGACUUCCCUAGGAUCUACCACACGGCCAUUGUUAUUAUCCAGCAGCACCAAAAACCUGUCGGCGAAGUUUGAACCAAAAAU